AUGGGUGCAUCAAUGAAGACCAUGGAAAAGGAAAAAGGUAUGCGAACAGCUUCAAGAGCGAAUCAUUUUUUACCUUUCGUUUUUGAAGUGAAAGCCAGUGAAUGGAAAGCAGAUGUAAAAAGCGUAGCCGGAGGCAAUAGAUGUGGCGAGAAAUUGAACCAACUUCACCGACCCAACGGACUUUUUAUCGAUAAAAGUCAAAAUAUUUUCAUUGCGGAUCGUUUAAAUCAUCGAAUAAUGAAAUGGGAACCGAGUGCUAAUGAAGGAGAAAUUGUUGCAGGCCGAACUGGAAAAGCAAACAGAAUGAAUCAGUUGAAUGAACCAACAGACGUGCUUGUUGAUGAACAAGACAAUUCGUUGAUCAUCGCUGAUCGAGGGAACAGAAGAGUGAUUCGAUGGUGGAGUCAAAACCACCAAGAAAUUCUCAUCAACGAUAUCCAAUGUUCGAGCUUAACAAGAGAUAAAGAUAACUUUCUUUAUGUUUGUGAUGAUGAGAGACAUGAAGUAAAAAGAUGGACAAUCGGAGAUACACAAGGGAAAGUGGUUGGUGGUGGAAAUGGACGUGGAAAUCAACUUAAUCAAUUCGAUCAUCCUCAUUUUAUCUUCGUUGAUGAUGAACAAUCGAUUUAUAUUUCAGAUCUUUGGAAUCAUCGUGUAAUGAAAUGGAGAAAAGAUGCACACGAAGGAGUUAUUGUUGCUGGUGGAAAUGGAAGUGGAGAUAGUCUAAGUCAAUUAAAUUGUCCUACAGGAGUCAUUGUUGAUGAUUUCGGCCAAGUUUACGUUGCAGAUUAUGCAAAUCAACGGAUAAUGCGUUGGAGAGAACGAGACCAACAAGGCGAAAUAAUUAUUGGUGGAGAUGCUUGGGGAGAGAAAUUCAUUCAACUGUCUGGUCCUUCUGGUAUAUCAUUCGAUAUUGAAGGAAAUCUUUAUGUUGUCGAUAGUGAAAAUCACCAAGUCCAACGGUUCGAUUCAGUUUUACCAAAACGCAGCAUUACUCGUCGUUUGUUGAAAGAUUUAGUCAAAUCAAAACUAACAAUUAUUUGUCUCAAUAUCCCACUCAGUUCUACGUAUUUCACAGAUAUGGAAUAUUAUGAGAAUGAUUACAGAUUUCUCUGCGAUCUUUCAAACAUCAAACAGAAACAAAUACGUCUUAUUUUACCAAUAUCCACAGCCAAAGAUCUUGUACCACUGAUUCAUAACUAUCAUUUUGUUGAAUUCUUCUACAUUUUAAGUUCUUCAACGGUAAAUAACGAUGAACAAAGUUGGAUUGGUCAGUAUCCAAAAAUCUUCGGUAUAUUCGAUUCAAAAAAUGAAAUAGUGAAAGCUAUCCACGAAAGUGAUAGUACUUAUUUCUCUGCAAGUUUGUUUAGUGAAGGAGAUCUCGUCUAUUCAUUAUAUACACAAACUAUAUCUGCGAAGCACAAUGAUUGUUUCGCUACGAUUAAGAACACUCUGAAUGAUGUUUACAUGAAAUUUAUCUUAUGCUCUGAUUAUACCACAGAUCAAUUACCAUUGAUUACACAAUUUAACAACAGUCAAUAUGAUUUUCUUAGUUUUCAACUGAUGCUCGAAAUCCUAUACGAUUUACCAUCUCUUUCGAAUCCUGCUGAUAAAGACAUGAUAUCUUGCAGUCAAUCAUGCACAGAAUAUCAUAAACUAUUUGAUACAAUUGCAAGAAAUAUUCAAGAUCAUACGUUGACAGAUUUGAUAGACGAUUCAAGAGACAUUUCCGCUUCUUUCUUUACUUUCAUUGAGCAUUUAUACAAACACGGAUUAUCUAUGGAAAGAAUUUUACCAUCGCAUCAAUUACUCGCCAAUAUUCGAGAUGCUAUUAAUCAUUUAGAACCGUGUACUUCUCCAUCUACAGUUUAUUGUGUACAAAUUAUCAAAAGCGAUCAAACCAAUUUAUUUGAAAAUCAAAACCAUUCAACGCUUAUCACUUUCCAUUCUCAUCUUCUUGCAUCGAAAAACGUUCUAACCACUCGUACAAUUGCUCGUGAAAUGAAGAAAAAAGAAUAUCAAAGUAUAAUUUUGGAAAUUUACGUUCCAAAAAAAUACGCCCAUGCAGUACAUUAUAUCGAUACUGAUCGUGUCGUAUUCCAUUUAGGAUCGAUGUUCCAAAUACAUUCGACUGAAUUGUCAUUCGAUGGGAUUUUACAUAUAAAAUUAAACUAUAUUUUAUAUCGAAAUGAUUUCCUCAAAGAACAGAUUUAUUUUCAAACGCAACAAAACUUCACAUGGUUCACUUUUGGAAUUUAUCUUUCGAUUUUAAAGAAAUACGACGAUGCUCUUGUUUAUUAUCAAUAUGUAUUAGAUCAUGUUAAUUUAGAUAGCUCAAAUCAAGCAUCAAUCUAUAAUAAUAUGACAAUUAUCAGUACUUUUGGACGAUCGAAAGCGGAGUCUCUUUCUUUCUCUCAUCAAGCACUUGAUUUAAUACGAUCAUCGGAAAAUAAGGACGUGGAAUCAAUAAAUCAUAACGUACCGGUUUCUGAUCUAGAGAAAUAUAUAUCUCCAUUGAUCAUGAAUAUCGAAACCUACGACGAACCAACACUCUUUGAUUCCAAGAGAGCUCUCAGCGAAUAUUUUACCGGAGUUUGGUUUUGUGAUCAUCAAACAGAAAUACCCGAAGACACGAACACUGAGCUGAACAGACAAUUACGAGAGUUAUUUACAAGUUUUUACAUUAUUGAUAAUAUCUUUGAAUUAUUCGAUUAUGUCCAAAACGAAGAUCGAGCAACAUUAUUAUGUUUAAUUGUUAGUAGCAAAUGUGGAGAAUAUCUUAUCGAUCAAAUUAGAAGAUAUAAUAAAAAAUGUCAAUUCAUUUACCGGUUCGAGUAUGAACUCAAUGAUUUGCAUUAUCAAACUCCAAUAUUCACAAAUAUAAGUACACUUUUUGAGAAAAUAUCUACAAAUAUUCAGCAAUUUAAUAGAAAUCAUUCGAUCUCAACUAGAGAUGAACUUCGUCCAAAUGAUACUCUUGGUAACCAAAGGCUCAGAGAUCCAUUUCCUGGAUUGUCUAUUUACAAUUUCUCAAUAAAACAAAAUCCAAUUAAAUUUUUUAGCGAAGAUUCAUUGAAAUUUCUCCUUUUCCAAACUCUUACCGAUAUUAUUUGUGAAAUGAACCAGGAUCAAGCAUCUUUCAAUGAUUUGAUAUGCGAAUGUCGAAGUUUUUAUCAUAACAAUCCUUCCAUGUGGUCUCACAUCGAAGAUUUCAAAGUUAACUAUAAGUCUUCCAGCCAAGCAAUUUUCUAUUACACACAAAGUCAGUUCUUGUAUCGUACUUUAAGUCGAGCAUAUCGCAGUGAAAAUAUUGAAAAUGUUUAUCAAUGUAGAAAAUUCAUUGCAGAUUUACAUCGUAAUUUAGAAGAAUAUCAGAGAACUAAGAAAAAAUCUGUACAAUUCAAGACUCUAUAUCGUGGAUCCAGAUUGCCUCGUUCUAUUAUUCAGCAGCUGAUUGACCAUCGAGAUCAUCUUAUUUCUAUCAAUGGAUUCGUUUCAACAACAACUGGCCGUGAAGUAGCACAGUUCUUUUCAGGUGACGAUGAAACAGAAAAUAGUAGAGUUAGUGUUGUUUAUGAGAUGAGUAUUGAUCAAAAUUUCAAUCGAAUAUUCGCAAAUAUCAGAGAGAAAAGUCAUUUUGGAGAUGAAGAUGAGGUUCUUAUGGCAACUGGUACGGUUUGGAAAACCAAGUCAGUCGUAAGGCAAAAUAAUAGUUGGAUUAUUACAUUACAAUCUUGUGACAAAAUGGAUUCAAAGUUACGAGAAAUCAAACGUUCCCUUAUUCAUGGAUCCAGUCUUCUUUCACUUGCUGAUAUUCUAAGAAGGCAAGGUGAUUUGGUCGAAGCUGAACGAUUUUAUAAACGAACGCUUAACGACGAUUCCGUUGAAGAAAAGAAGAAAGGUUUUGUCUAUAGUGGACUAGGAAUGAUUUAUCUUCAACGUGAACAAAUUGAUGAUGCUGUCAAAUAUCUUCAAAUGGCGCUUCCGUUGCUUGAGCAACAAUCAGAUCAAAUUUUUAAUGCCUCGUCAUCAGUGUACUUGUUCUCGUCAGACGAACCAACAACACGAAUUCAAGUCCUUCAUAGUAUCGGAUUGGCUUAUCAAAAGAAGCGAGAAUAUGAUCAAGCUUUUGAGUGGUAUAAGAAAGCGCUCAAAGAAACAAAAGGAACUUCCAAUACUUACGAAAAAGCAGUAGUUUGCUACAACAUAGGUCUUUUAUUCAUUACUCAAGGUCGAUAUUAUGAUGCGUAUCAGUAUUACAAACAGGCAGUAGAACUAACUCCGGGUCACCCAAAGAGGAGAACAUUUCAAAAUGCGUUAGACAAUGUCGAAAAGUAUCUCAUCGAACAGAAGUCAAAAAUUUCUAACGCAGCUACUCGGCAACAAUGGAUCAACAACGGACAUCGCUCUACAAAAUCCGAUGUUACUGGUACAGUCCGGCAAUACGUUACUGUUUUGGGAUCAAAAGUGUCAUCUUUCUUAUCACACACCUGGAUCAAGCGUGGACAAGCAAAACAUUUCCAAUUUCUCAGAGCCAAUGUUUCGACCAAGACGAUUCUUGCUCAAGUCGACUACAGUGAGAAUUUCGCAAUCGGAUUUCAAGAUGAAAUUCAAAGCGCUCAUUNAAUUCUAGUAUCAUCAAGCAUUCGACGACACGGUGAGCGAUAUGUUUCUUUUCCUCUUUAUUUCCUUCGAGCGGGCAUGCAAUUGUCCGCACCAUAUGGUGCAUAA